AUGUUUCUUGGCUUACUAUACUUCCCAGCCCCUAUUCUGUCAUCCAUCCUCGCAAGCGCCUUAUGUACGUUAUUCGAUCAGCGUGCCCAGUCUCUAUUCAACCAGCUCAAGUCCAGUCCCUAUUCAGCUGAAGCGAUCUCAAUACUUAUUCAACAGCAGCGUGUCCAGUCUCUAUUCAACCAGCUCAAGUGCAGUCCCUAUUCAGCUGAAGCGAUCUCAAUACUUAUUCAACAGCAGCGUGUCCAGUCUCUAUUCAACCAGCUCAAGUCCAGUCCCUAUUCAGCUGAAGCGAUCUCAAUACUUAUUCAACAGCAGCGUGUCCAGUCUCUAUUCAACCAGCUCAAGUGCAGUCCCUAUUCAGCUGAAGGAUCACAAUACUUAUUCAACAGCAGCGUGUCCAGUCUCUAUUCAACCAGCUCAAGUCCAGUCCCUAUUCAGCUGAAGGGAUCUCAAUACUUAUUCAACAGCAGCGUGUCCAGUCUCUAUUCAACCAGCUCAAGUCCAGUCCCUAUUCAGCUGAAGCGAUCUCAAUACUUAUUCAACAGCAGCGUGUACAGUCUCUAUUCAACCAGCUCAAGUCCAGUCCCUAUUCAGCUGAAGGAUCUCAAUACUUAUUCAACAGCAGCGUGUCCACAGCGUGUCCAGUCUCUAUUCAACCAGCUCAAGUCCAGUCCCUAUUCAGCUGAAGCGAUCUCAAUACUUAUUCAACAGCAGCGUGUCCAGUCUCUAUUCAACCAGCUCAAGUCCAGUCCCUAUUCAGCUGAAGGAUCUCAAUACUUAUUCAACAGCAGCGUGUCCAGUCUCUAUUCAACCAGCUCAAGUCCAGUCCCUAUUCAGCUGAAGCGAUCUCAAUACUUAUUCAACAGCAGCGUGUCCAGUCUCUAUUCAACCAGCUCAAGUCCAGUCCCUAUUCAGCUGAAGGAUCACAAUACUUAUUCAACAGCAGCGUGUCCACUCAAGUCCAGUCCCUAUUCAGCUGAAGGAUCUCAAUACUUAUUCAACAGCAGCGUGUCCAGUCUCUAUUCAACCAGCUCAAGUCCAGUCCCUAUUCAGCUGAAGGAUCUCAUUUUAUUCAACAGCAGCGUGUCCAGUCUCUAUUCAACCAGCUCAAGCCCAGUCCCUAUUCAGCUGAAGGAUCUCAAUACUUAUUCAAAGCAGCGUGUCCAGUCUCUAUUCAACCAGCUCAAGUCCAGUCCCUAUUCAGCUGAAGGAUCUCAAUACUUAUUCAACAGCAGCGUGUCCAGUCUCUAUUCAACCAGCUCAAGUAGUCCCUAUUCAGCUGAAGCGAUCUCAAUACUUAUUCAACAGCAGCGUGUCCAGUCUCUAUUCAACCAGCUCAAGUCCAGUCCCUAUUCAGCUGAAAGGAUCUCAAUACUUAUUCAACAGCAGCGUGUCCAGUCUCUAUUCAACCAGCUCAAGUCCAGUCCCUAUUCAGCUGAAGCGAUCUCAAUACUUAUUCAACAGCAGCGUGUCCACGAUCUCUCAAUACUUAUUCAACAGCAACGUGUCCAGUCUCUAUUCAACCAGCUCAAGUCCAGUCCCUAUUCAGCUGAAGCGAUCUCAAUAUUUAUUCAGCAGCAGCGUGUCCAGUCUCUAUUCAACCAGCUCAAGUCCAGUCCCUAUUCAGCUGAAGCGAUCUCAAUACUUAUUCAACAGCAGCGUGUCCAGUCUCUAUUCAAACAGCUCAAGUCCAGUCCCUAUUCAGCUGAAGGAUCUCAAUACUUAUUCAACAGCAGCGUGUCCAGUCUCUAUUCAACCAGCUCAAGUCCAGUCCCUAUUCAGCUGAAGCGAUCUCAAUACUUAUUCAACAGCAGCGUGUCCAGUCUCUAUUCAACCAGCUCAAGUCCAGUCCCUAUUCAGCUGAAGCGAUCUCAAUACUUAUUCAACAGCAGCGUGUCCAGUCUCUAUUCAACCAGCCAAGUCCACAGCGUGUCCAGUCUCUAUUCAACCAGCUCAAGUCCAGUACCUAUUCAGCUGAAGCGAUCUCAAUAUUUAUUCAGCAGCAGCGUGUCCAGUCUCUAUUCAACCAGCUCAAGUCCAGUCCCUAUUCAGCUGAAGCGAUCUCAAUACUUAUUCAACAGCAGCGGGUCCAGUCUCUAUUCAACCAGCUCAAGUCCAGUCCCUAUUCAGCUGAAGCGAUCUCAAUACUUAUUCAACAGCAGCGGGUCCAGUCUCUAUUCAACAAGCUCAAGUCCAGUCCCUAUUCAGCUGAAGCGAUCUCAAUACUUAUUCAACAGCAGCGUGUCCAGUCUCUAUUCAACCAGCUCAAGUGCAGUCCCUAUUCAGCUGAAGCGAUCACAAUACUUAUUCAACAGCAGCGUGUCCAGUCUCUAUUCAACCAGCUCAAGUCCAGUCCCUAUUCAGCUGAAGCGAUCUCAAUACUUAUUCAACAGCAGCGUGUCCAGUCUCUAUUCAACCAGCUCAAGUCCAGUCCCUAUUCAGCUGAAGCGAUCUCAAUACUUAUUCAACAGCAGCGUGUCCAGUCUCUAUUCAACCAGCUCAAGCCCAGUCCCUAUUCAGCUGAAGCGAUCUCAAUACUUAUUCAGCAGCGUGUCCAGUCUCUAUUCAAACAGCUCAAGCCCAGUCCCUAUUCAGCUGAAGCGAUCAAUACUUAUUCAACAGCAGCGUGUCCAGUCUCUAUUCAACCAGCUCAAGUCCAGUCCCUAUUCAGCUGAAGCGAUCUCAAUACUUAUUCAACAGCAGCGUGUCCAGUCUCUAUUCAACCAGCUCAAGUCCAGUCCCUAUUCAGCUGAAGCGAUCUCAAUACUUAUUCAACAGCAGCGAGCCCAAUCUCUAUCAAACAAGACAGCGAGUCCAGUCCUUAUUCAACAGCAGCGAGUCCAGUCUUUAUUUAACAGCAGCGAGCCCAGCACCUAUUCAAUAGCAACGAGCCCAGUCUUUAUUCAUCAGCCAGCCCAGUCCCUAUGUAACAGCAGCAAGCCCAGUCUUUAUUCAACAGCAGCGAGCCCAGUUUGUAUUCAACAGCAGCGAGCCCAGUCUCUAUUAAACAACAGCGAGACCAGCCUCUAUUCGACAGCAACGAGCCCAGCCCCUAUUCAACAGCAACGAGGCCGAAUCUUUAUUCAUCAAGUUCAGUCUUUAUUUAACAGCAGCGAGCCCACAGCCCAGUCACUAUUAAAUAGCAGCAAGCCCAACAGCAACGAGCCCAGCCCUAUUCAACACCAGCCAGUCUUUAUUCAACGAGUCCAGUCUUUAUUCAUCAACGAGUCCAGUCCCUAUUCAACAGCAACGAGCCCAGCCUGUAUUCGACAGCAACAGCCCCCUAUUCAACAGCAACGAGCCCAGUCUUUAUUCAUCAGCGAGUCCAGUCCCUAUUCAACAGCAGAGUCCAGUCUUUAUUUAACAGCAGCGAGCCCACAACGAGCAGUCUUUUUAUUCAUCGGCCAGCCCAGUCCCUAUGUAACAGCAGCCCACUCUUUAUUCUUUAUUCAACAGCAGCGAGCCCAGCCCCUAUUCAACAGCAUGAGCCCAGCCCAGCCCUAUUCAACAGCAAUGAGCCCAGGCCCAAAUCAAGCAUUCAAGUCCAGUCCCAGUCCCUUAUUCAACAGCAGCAAGUUCAGUCUUUAUUUAACAGCAGCGAGCCCAGUCUUUAUUCAACAGCAGCGAGCCCAGCCCCUAUUCAAUAGCAACGAGCCGAAUCUUUAUUCAUCAGCAAGUCCAGUCCCUAUUCAACAGCAGCGAGUCCACGAGUCCAGUCUUUAUUCAUCAACGAGUCCAGUCCCUAUUCAACAGCAACGAGCCCAGCCCGUAUUCGACAGCAACGAGCCCAGCCCCUAUUCAACAGCAACGAGCCCAGUCUUUAUUCAUCAGCGAGUCCAGUCCCUAUUCAACAGCAGCGAGUCCAGUCUUUAUUUAACAGCAGCGAGCCCAGUCUUUAUUCAACAGCAACGAGCCCAGCCCCUAUUCAACAGCAACGAGCUGAAUCUUUAUUCAUCAGCGAGUCCAGUCCCUAUUCAACAGCAGCGAGUCCAGUCUUUAUUUAACAGCAGCGAGCCCAGUCCCUAUUCAACAGCAGCGAGCCCAGCCCCUAUUCAAUAG